AUGUCCUGUGCAAAACUUAUUACCAGAUUUCGUGGCAGUAUGGUGGGUGCUGUUAUAGGAGAUUGUAUCGGAGCUUGCUUUGAAAUGAAUGAUGAGGAAUGUACAAAAUCAAACAUAUUGAAAACCAUAGCCCACAUUGAAAAUGUUAAAGCUGGUAAAAGAAGAAAGUUUGGAGAAUAUAUUUAUACUGAUGAUACAGCUAUGGCUAGAAGUGUGGCUGAGUCUUUGAUAGAUAAUAAAGGUUUUAAUGCUAAGGAUAUGGCAAAAAGAUUCUCAGAAGAAUACAUGAGGGAACCAAGAAGAGGCUAUGGUGGUAAUGUUAUAACAGUAUUUAAGCUUUUACAAGAUCCACAAUUAGAAGAUGUUUUUGAACCUGCAAGAAGACAAUUUGAUGGUCAAGGUUCAUUUGGUAAUGGUGGAGCUAUGAGAAUUGUUCCUGCACCAUUGUUUUCAUACAAUAAAGAUAUUGAAUUUUUACAGAAUUUGACCAGACAGAUAACAGAAAUCACCCAUUCUCAUUAUCAAGCUAUACAGGGUACUAUUUUAGAAAGUUUAGCUAUUUAUAUAGCUUUACACACAGACAAUACUAUACCAUUAGAUACAGACCAUUAUCUUCAACAACUUAAAAAACAUAUGAAUACAUUAGAAGAGGAAGGGUUAGCUCAAGAAUCUGAGAAGAAUGACAAGCCAUAUUGUUAUAAAUUAGACAAGAUGAAGGAAUAUUUGGAACAAGAAGAAGUUUCAAUAGAUGAACUCAAUGAAGUUUUAGGAAAUGAUGUGUCAGCACUAGGUUCAGUACCUGCAGCUAUUUAUUCAUUCCUCCGUUCUUCAAAACCUUUUACAGAUGAAUUAGAGGAUAGAAAUGGAUUUGAGAAGACUAUAAUAUAUGCUAUUAGUAUGAAGGGUGAUACAGAUACAAUAGCUUCAAUGGCUGGUGCCAUAGCUGGUGCCUAUUAUGGUAUAAAGUCUAUCCCAGAUUCCUGGCAACAUUCUUGUGAAGGUGCCAUUGAUGCCAGUAAAUAUGCUGACAAGUUGAUAGAUAUAAGUGAAGAAUUAAAAUGA